AAUUGGUGCUCUCAAUGCUAUCGUUGGGAAGGAAGCACGGCGCCAUGUGCCAAUUAUCCGCCUUGGACGAUAUGCAUGCUGGACCGACGCAUUCGACGCUCAUCGAAGUGGAGACUCGAAGAGAAGGGCAUCUUGCGUGAUGGCCAUCCACGGAGAAGCGAGGCAAGCACAUCUUACCAUACUGGGGGUAUGUAGUGCCGGUCGCUCCUUCCUGUGUUUGGGCUGUCGGGGAGUCCUUUGAGUUCCUUGUGGCCACACGAAGUUCCUAUCAUGGCAGACAAGAGCAUUGACAUCGCGGAGCAUCCUUUCACGGAGACGAGCUCGGAACGAUCGCUUGAAGAUGAGUCAAAGGCAACAUUGCAGAGAGCGUAUCGCAAGGUCGACUACCGCGUUCUUCUAUGGUAUUCGUUCGUCUACCUGAUCAUGCGAAUCAACGUCAGCAACAUCACCAACACCGCCAUCAUCAACAUCGAAGAUGGAACGGGCAUCAAGAAACAGCUCGGCAACCUGACCUCUGAGCAAUGGGCUUGGGCAAUUAGCAUUUUCUUCUAUCCUUACAUGGCUGCUGAGCCUGCUUCGACGAUGUUGCUCAAGCACUUCUCGCCGUCGGUGUGGAUGUCGCGUAUCAUGAUAACUUGGGGGAUCAUAUCGAUGUGUCAAGCCGCAACACAGAAUUACGCUGGCAUCCUCGCAACUCGCUUCCUCCUUGGACUCGCGGAAGCUGGCUUCUAUCCUGGAGUGCUGUAUCAUUUGGCAUUCUGGUAUCCGGCGGACAUCACUGCCCUUCGGAUAGCGUUCUUUUAUGCCUGCGGGCAGUUCUCCGGUACGAUCAGUGGGCUGCUUGCAUUUGCGAUCUCGUACAUGAACGGAGUUGGUGGUCUGGCAGGGUGGCGCUGGGUCUUUAUCUUCGAAGGAAUUCCUCCCAUCCUCUGCGGGUUUUACACGUACUUCAUGCUUCCCAACUAUCCUGAGACAUUCAAAUCUCUGACCGAGGCUGAGAGGGAGGCGAUCCUCGAUGCCUUGCCCAAGACGCAACCCUCUUCCAAAGCCAAGACCUGGAAUACCGCCGAAUCCAUCGCCAUAUUCAAGGAUCCGGCCAUGCUAUCCUUCACCCUCAUCUGGAUCUGCCACGCCAUUGGCGGCUGGGGCAUCAGCCAAGUCUUACCGACCGUAAUCUACGACCUCGGUUUCUCCGCCUCUGCAAUCUCCCAACUCCUCACAAUCCCAACAUACACCUUCGGCUGCGGCAGCCUCGUCCUCACCGGCUGGCUAAUCCACACCCGCCGCCUCCGCUCCUGGCACGCCGCCAUCUUCAUCGAGUCCCUCGCCUGCCUCUGCUACAUCUUGCUCAUCGUCGUUCACAAUUCCAUCGCGAAGUACAUCCUCGUCACCAUCGCCACGGCUUGCUCCAUCUGUAUAUACCCCAUCAUAUGGCCCGAACGAAUCCGCGCGGCGCAUGGAACGACCACCGCGGGCCUGGUGAUUGGACUAACGAAUGCCGCGGCGCAGAUGGCGGGGAUUGUGGGACCGCAGGUUUAUCAGACGAAGUUUGGGCCGACGUAUAAGGUGAGUUUUGCGGUUAGUAUUGGAUUGUUGGCGGGUGCUAUUGCGGCGAUUUGUGUUACUUGGUGGAUUGUGGAUGGGAGGGAUCGGAAGAGGGCGGAGGAGAAGGAGGUGGAGGAAGAUUUGAAGGUGGUUGGAGCGAAGGCAGUGGUGCGGUUUUAGGUACUCAUUCUCUUGUGUAUGCAUCUACUUGGUCACCUCCUUGACCUUCUCCUUGAUCUUGUCUCCGAGACCUUUCUUCUCGGCGGCAGUCUCCUUCUCGACUCCGGCCUUGGAGAAACCCUCCUGAACCUUCUUGUACACCUCUUCUGGACUCGCGCUGGCGUCCACCUUGACAACCCUAUCUUCGCUACCGAACAUGUCCACGACCGGCAUGCUAGUCUCGACAAACGUCCUGAAACGCUUCUUGAUGCUCUCCUCGUUGUCAUCCGCUCUUCCACUCGUCUUUCCACGGUUGAGCAGCCUUUCUCUCAUCGUCUCCUCAGGACAAUCAAAGAACAGCGUGAACUUGCUCUUGACAACCUGCCUCUCAAACUCCACCGCCUGAUCCAUCUUCCGCGGGAAUCCGUCGAUCAAGAACUUCCUGUUUCCAGUCGUCUCAAUGGUAUGCGUCAUGGCGUUCUCCAACAACUUGAUCGUCACUUCCAUCGGCACAAUUUGUCCUUCUUUGAUGUACGUCCGAAUCAUGUCGCCGAACUGCGAGCCGGGACGAUCUUGCUCCUCACGUAGAAGGUCGCCGGCCGAGAGGUGCUUGAAGCCGUAGUCGCGGACGAGGUUCGCACAUUGUGUUCCUUUGCCUGCACCUGGCCCGCCGAGGACGAAGAUCACGAGAGCUUCAUUGGGGCCGGUGCCGGGUGAGAAAAAAGGCUUGUCACGCUUCGGGAGGGCGUUGAGAGCCGGGAUGGCGGCUGCGUUCUCGGGAAUGACGGGCAUGGUUGGUUUAUUGUUCCGUGUCUCGACGUCUUCCUGGCCACUCUUGUUUGUCCGCUGGUGCCUUGUCGCCGGCUGUGUAUCGCUGAUGAGUCUGGCCUACUCUAGCUUUCGCGAGGAAGUAGAAGGAGCCGCUGCCGAGGAAGAAAAUGGCGACUAGAGGGAGGAGCGGGAGUGAUUGGCGGUUCGUUGGCCGGCGUGGUGGUGGCGGUGUAGGAGUGACGGGAGUCUUGGAUGGAUCAGAUCUGAGCUGGCUAGUGCGACUGAGUUGGCGGAUUGUUUGAGCACGUGAGAGGUUUUGGUACUGCGCG